AAUGCCCUUGUGGGUGAAGAGAGAACCCGAUUGUAUCAAAUUGCCUAAAAUAAAACCUGCAAGGCCCUAAUGCUAAAACCCUAACCCCUUUAGAGAUCUUUGCUGCUGCCCCUCCUCCUCUCAGUCGCACUCUCCUUCUCUCGACUAGCUUCAAUGGCGGACUCUGUGAUAUCAGUUGACAAGGUCAAAGCUUUCUGGCACUCUCAGGUUCAUGACGAAGAAAGAUGGAAUCUCAACAAGAAACUGCUUCGAGCUACUGCUCUAUUUGCUGGCUCCAUCAUUUUGAUGCGCCAGUAUGGGGAUCUCAUGGCUAUCUGAAGGACGAUUGAUAUUCAUUCUCAGCUUCAGAUUCAAGUCGGAUGAAGUCCUAAUCUCUGCCUUCCCCUCCCCUCUCCCCCUUUAUGGAAGUAUGAAAUCUUAUGAACUAUAGAAAGUGUAGCUUAUCUUCAAUUGUCUAGGACAGCUUUGUCACCUUGUGUUUUGAUGCCCCUAAGUACUUGAAAUUUCUGGAUAUUUAUAUGUUUGUGACAUGGAAGUGAAAGAGCCGAAUGAAAAAAACAAAGGACCAAUAAAUUGAGC